GGAACUCAAAGAGACUCACAGAGAGGAGCUCGAGAGGUUAGAGAACAACUACAAGGAGGCCCUGAAGGCAGAAAAGGUCUCAGCCGAAGAGAAACUAGAUAAGAUGGGCAAGGAAUAUAAGUAUCUGAAGAGUAUGUUCCACGUGUUUCAGGAUAGCAUUUAUGAGGAAAUGGAAGACAAGUGGUUGAGACGAAAGGCUGAAUGGGAGAAGGAUGAGAAGAUGGAGCGGGAAAAGAUCCUGCUACAACAAAAAUGUAGAAUAAUAAAAAAGUUUGAGUUACAGUCGGAAGAAAAAAAGAAGAAAAUGAAUGAGUCCAUCAGUGCUGUUUCUGAUAACUUCGCUCGAGAGAAAGAGGAGCUCCUAAGACAACAUGAUGAAGACAUCCUGAAAAUACAGGAGCUGAGAAAAUCCAAAGAGAUCUUGGAGGCUGAGUUGCGGGCACAAGCUACUGUUCUGGAGACCCUGAACACAAACCUUUUCCAAUGCCAGAAAGAACUCGAGAGACAGAAAACUAUUGCAGCAAAUCUAGAGAAAUUGUUCCAGACAAAGCUUGCUGAAGCUGAAGAAAAGCAUAAGUACAACAUAAAGACCCCGACAGAAGAAAAUAACUGCCUCGGGCAGAAGAUGUUAACCACAACCACAAAUGAGGAAACUUCAGAAGUUUCUGAGAAGUCAUCAUCUGCCAGUCCCAACGUGUAUGAGUCUGACAUUCCUGAACAGAACAGCAACAAAAAGCAAGCAUCGUAGGUAACAAACUGCUCCUGGGGCUGAGCGACACUGCCCUGGGAAGCAGCUACAGACUCUUCUGGAGAGACGCACAGGAAGGUUGAGCUCUUGAGUUGUUCUGUACUUUUGUCAUUUUUCACAACUUGUUUUCUUCCAGUGGAUAGAAAUAUUUGAAUGCUUAUCCUAAUUAUAUCGUGGCUCUCCAUUGAGAACUAGUGUCCUCUGUACUGG